UCUACGACGAAACAGUCGCCAAGAGGCCGCUGAGAUGGCGCGCGAUGCGAUUCUGCCCCUCGGCACUGGCUCCGUGCACCGACGCAGCGUGAACAACAACAACAAGAGCACCAGCCACGAACUGCGCAAGUCGGUGGUCGCCCCCGAGGCCAACCACGAGCCUCACUAUUAUGACGACGACAAGAGGGUCGCCAACCCCGAAGCCGACGCGCCGGAAGAAACGUCGCCGCCGCCAACGAAACACCGACCGUCCUACAGUCGCCCGUACGACCUGCCACCACCCAAGGCACCUCUGCCAAAGCGGUGCGUCGCCACAAGCGAGAAAAGCAAAGCCGACGACGAGGUCCCGAGUAGCGUUGUCAACGCGCACUCGCGCACGCUCUUGGAAAUGAAGAGGCGCAAGCCGUCGCUCGUGGACCCGAGCCUCAAGGUGGAGGACCGGCUGCAGCAAUUGGGCCUUGUGUACGCCCAAAAACAGGCCUCCAAGCAAGCAGUCCACGAGACGACGCAGUGUACGUUUAGCCCGGCCAUUUCGUAUCACUCGUCCAAGCUCUCGCGCCACGGCAGCGUCCAUGACCGCCUCUAUGGCCUCGCCAAGGCACCGAACCGAGCAGCCGAUUCCACGACACACGCAUCCCCCGCAAAGCCAUUGCCCUCCAGCACGGCAAUAUCCACGUCGGUGGGCGACCGGUUGUAUCGAAAAGCGCGCGAAUUCCAGACCAAGCAAGCCGCCAUCCGCGCCGCUGAAGCCGCCGAAGCUGCGCAACUGCGGAACGCGCGCAAGAUGAGCGCCAAGAGUCUGCGCCUCGUGGAGCGCACCAAGCCGCCCGCGACAACGUCUACCGUAAGCCCGCCGGCCCGUGCCAAGCAAGUGACGCCCGCCGAAGCCCGCGCCAUCUACGAGCGGCAGCUGCAGUGGAAGGAAGCCAAGGACGCGAGAAGCGCUCGCAUGCGCUGGCAACAAGAUCAGGACGAGCAGCAAGCGUGCACCUUCCAGAACCCGUAUGCCGACAUCUCGACGCCGCCGCCGUCGCACGACGCGUCGUUCUUUCACAAGGCGAUCGAGUGGGCCAAGGCCAAGGACGCGCUGGUGCGUCAGAAGCAGCAAGCCCGCCAAGCCGACGAGCUCGCGGCCUGUCCGUUCAAGCCCCAGCGACCAGCACGACCGCGCCGAAGAGACAUGAGCAGUCUCGAGGCCAUCGUCGCCACGUUCCAAGCGGAACACUAUGCGCACGCCCCACUGCCGUACCCGUGGGAGGCUUACACCGAUGCUUUGGGCAACGACUACUACUAUAACCCCGCCACAAAGACGACCCAGUGGGGUCGGCCGACGUGAGAAGAGAUAUAGCAUGCAAGACACGAUUCGCUGGACGCUUAAUACUUGGGCGCGACUGUGUUGAGGC